AUGAAUCCACGAACGAACUUUCAGCCAUCUCAGACCUUCGAGGCCUACAUAUUCUACCAAUUAGGCUUUCCCAGCAGCGCGUCUGGCUGGAAAAUAGCGGAGAGAUGUCAACAAUUCAUGCCACAGAACGAAUUGUCUACGAUUGUCUUCAGUCGAGCAAGUAUUGUGUCUGCAACCCGCCAGUACGUCGCUCUGGACAAUAUAUUGCAGCAGCAAAUCAACCGAUUGCUCGCUGAAAAGCGAUACCGGGUGCCUGCCAUGGAAUGGUCAUGUGCGGCCGCCCAUUUUGAGAACACUGGCUUUACCCGAGACUGUUUGAGUGUCAUCAUAUUUGGGAGGAGAAUUGAGGAGAAAAUCAAUCCAAGAACUCUAAUGGGAGAUUACGUGGACUUGGAUACCUGUCCCAAGCUCGCAGGUGGCUUUGUUCCAGAUAGCGAUACAGAGGCAUGA